AGUUCGCAAAACGUUGCAAAUCAUGGUCGAUACUCAGGGACGCUUCAAGACGACGCUUGUCCGAAAUCCCUACGCUGUUCCUGACGUCGCGCCACGCGAAGGAUCCUGGACUUCACGGGGUCCGAUCCUUGGUGCAAAAGUUUUGGUCGACGAUCCAAAGUGGUACAAACGACUGAAACCCCACGAGAGGCUCUUUGCUCAUCACACUUUGAACAGCAUACGAAAGGAUCUUCGCCUAGUGAGAACCAAGGUGCCGAACGAUGCUCUGGAUCUCGCCCUGAGCUCGACCUACACUCACAACGAGGAUUCGUUGGUACCAAAAACGUACGUUUGUAUGCAGCCUGAGACACUGAAGAAGGAGACGUGGCGUGUCCUUCGCAAUCAGAUUAAGGUAUACACGAAACUUCCACCGCGAAUUGGCGAGAACCUGUACUUUGGGGGUUCGGGAACUGGCGACGGGGAGAAUUCGGGGGGUGGCAUCAGGCGAAGAAUCCAUCCCAGUAGCCUCAAGCUAACGAUCGAGGGGCCUCACACCGAUCAAACGAACCCUGGCUUCACCCGCAAAAUCGACGGAACCUUGUACAGCAUUUAAUUGGAUCAGGGAGCUCUCGAUCGAAAGGCAGCAGAAAUUGUGCGACGAGUGUAUUAAUUGCGUACGGAAUUCGGCAUCUGCAUUUUUAUUUUCUUUAUUUCAUACAAUGUGUAUAUGUAUAUGUAUAUAUGCAUUUGGCAAUUGUAAAUCUAAUUUGUACAUCAGAGAGAAGCGCCAGGUACUAUGUUCGCUUGAUCGAAACGAUCUUCGUGAUUCAUCGUAAUAUACUGUCGAACAGGUCAAUCAAAUUUUCCAUGUCCCAUUCACUUUGGGAUUACAGGUGUAAUAAAAAGGAAGUAUGUAGGUAUCCAUUUUUUUCUUGUCACGUGAAAA